AUGACCGAGAAGGCAUCGGCGCCUUCCGGCAUCACUACUCCAGGCAGUCAAACAAUCCCACCAAACCGGUCUGGGGCUGCUACGCCUACCGGCUCACGACCUGCUUCGCUCUAUCCGGAUGGCGAAAUCAGCAGGAACUCUGCGUCCAACCUCAGUGACAUUAAGUGCGAGGUCAUGGUCAACUGGCUAUACCAGCGCCAAAUGGAGAGACUGUGGACAGCGGGCGGUUUUGACGAAGGCGUCAUGCUGAAGAAGGGUGGAGGUAGCGGGUUUGCCGCCUGCCCUUCGGAACUCCUCGACGAGCCAUAUGGUUUCGCAAAGUCGAUAGAGAUGCUCAAUGUUCGGUGCGCCAUUACCGUCAACACUAGAGUCAUCAAGCUCUUCCUUUACAACAAUGAGAAGCCCUUUGUACCGCUGAAAGGUGGGCUCCGCCUCCAGGUCCUGCCGGACAUGUCAUACCUGCCACGCUGCCAAAAGCAUCAGUUCGCGGCCUUUAUCGCCGACCGCGGUAUUAUGGUUGUCUGGGAUGACGAGCCAAAACAUCUCCUUGACCGUGCAGCCAAGAUCGAGAAAGAGCUCAUGGAGAAGAUUUGGGAAGGCGAAGAAGGCGACGCCGACGAGAAGAAGGAGGGUGGUAACAUCUCCGUCAACGAAGUCGGUUCGGAAGACGACGUCGAAAUGGGUGUCGUGGAGAAGCCACGCAGUGUCGCCAUGUGGACGCCGAUCACCUGUGCCUUCACCCUAGCACUGACGAUCAUCUCGGUUGCUUCAGGUUGGGCACACAUCGCCCUCGAGGUCAACAUCGAUCACAACUAUACUCGCUUGGCAUUCGCCGUGGUCGUCCUUCCGCAAAUAUGGCUCGGACUAUUCUUCUUCCAGUCCCUGGUCUGCAACAUAUUCCAGCUGAUCGGGCCCAUUGCGCAGAUGAACGGAAACAGCAAGUUCUACAGCGGCCUGAAACCGAAGCACUUGCGUCGUGAUGCCAGAGCAUUGCCGCAUGUCACCAUCCAAAUGCCGGUCUACAAGGAGGGAUUGGAAGCCGUCAUAGAGCCUACCGUCCAUUCCAUCAAGGCUGCUAUCUCGACGUACGAGAUGCAGGGCGGUACCGCUAACAUCUUCGUCAACGACGAUGGCAUGCAACUCAUCUCCGAGCAAGAUGCGAAGGCGAGACAGGAUUUCUACGACGAGCACAACAUUGGCUGGGUGUCGCGACCUAAGCACAACCCUAAGCCAGCAGAUGGGUCCGAGCCUUUCCUGCGGCGCGGCAAGUUCAAGAAAGCUUCCAACAUGAACUAUGCCAUGUGGGUCAGCAGUCGUGUCGAGGAUCGCUUACUCACCGUCGAGCGCCAUGAAGGUUGGACACAGGAAGACGAGGCGCAAGCGUACCGUGACGCCUUAGGUGCCGUUGUAGAGGAAGACCAAGGACGCACCUGGGCCGAUGGCAACAUUCGGUUCGGCGACUACAUCCUCAUUAUCGACUCUGACACGCGUGUGCCGUCGGACUGUUUCCUGGAUGCUGUCUCCGAAAUGGAGCAGAGUCCACAAGUCGCCAUCAUCCAGUACUCUUCCGGCGUCAUGAACGUCACCGAUUCGUUCUUCGAGCGGGGUAUUACCUUCUUCACCAACCUGAUCUACACGGCUAUCCGUUACGCCGUUGCUAACGGGGACGUUGCGCCGUUCGUCGGUCAUAACGCCGUGCUCCGCUGGACGGCGAUUCAGGACAUCGCCUACGAAUGCCAGGAUGACAACCGUGAGAAGUUCUGGUCUGAGGCCACCGUGUCCGAGGACUUCGAUAUGGCGCUCCGCCUGCAAUCCGCUGGCUACCUCGUCCGUCUAGGAUCGUACCAGGGAGACGGUUUCAAGGAAGGCGUGUCGCUCACAGUCUACGACGAACUCGCUCGUUGGGAGAAGUACGCGUAUGGUUGCUCUGAGCUCGUCUUCCACCCGCUGAAGUACUGGGUUGUGCGCGGUCCUUUCACCAAGCUGUUCCGAACCUUCCUCGGCUCGCGUAUGCCUUUGCCCUCCAAGAUCACUAUCUUGGCCUACAUCGGAACAUACUACGCUCUAGGCUCGGCGUGGAUAUUGACGCUUGCAAACUACUUCCUCACGGGUUGGUUCAAUGGCCACCUGGAUCACUACUACAUCGACAGCUUCAAGGUCUACUUCGCCAUCGUCAUUAUCUUCUCCGGUCUUGGCAACCUUUCCCUCGCCGUCCUUCGCUACCGCACAGGCGAGAAGGGUCUCUUCCCAGCACUGCUGGAAAACUUCUCUUGGGUACCGCUGCUGACCAUCUUCCUGGGCGGUGUCAGUCUGCAUGUAUCGCAAGCCAUCCUUAGCCACCUCUUCGGCAUCGACAUGAGCUGGGGCGCCACAAGCAAGGAGGCGGAGAACACGACAUUCUUCACGGAAGUGCCAAGAAUCAUCAAAAAUUUCAAAGGCACCUUUGUAUUCUGCUUUGCCGCUGCGGCCAUGAUGGCUGUGCUGGCAACGGCCGUCCCAGAACUCUGGCAGAUCAAGAUCUUCAUCGCUAUCUUCCCACUGAGCACUGUGAUCAUUGGGCACUUCUUCUUACCCAUUGCGUUAAACCCGAACCUGAUGAGGUUCACUUGGUAA